AUGGGAAUCACAAAUGACGCCAACACGGCGUGCGGCAAGCCGUUGCUUAACUUCAAGAACCCCGCCAAGAACUUCACGCUCUGCAACGGUUGCAAGAAGACAGCCUCGCAGCACAUGAUCCGUGAAAAGUCACAGCCAGCAUACUUUGCAACCACCGGCUGGCCGAAACUGGAGCUCGCCCUCUACCUCAAGAAGCCUGACGGCUCCUCCCGCUCGCGUGACUUUGACAUGCUCGUUCCACAAAAGGUCAAGGCCUGGUUGUCACGACGUCACCAGGAUUUCGUCGAUAACGGCAUCUGCUGGGACAGCUACGACGGCAACGAUGGCGGCUACAAGCUCAUCUACGCACCUUGGUCACGGGGAUUUCUCCAUCCCCAGUGGGACGGGAGUGAUCUUUCCGAGAAGGGGGCUCUGCUACUCCUGGAAAAGUACGGAGAGCCCGAGAUGGAUACCUCUGACGUCACCUGCCCUCGUGGACUCUCCCAUCUGCCCACCCUACUCGCUGACGACUCCGUCUCCAACACUGGCGGCAAAGGGGGUCCCGGCGCCGACGCUGCGCAUUUCCACGCCGUCCUCGAAGGCGGCACUCUCCAGCUACUCAACUUUACCACCAUGAUUCUCACCACGUACCGAAUGCUCGUCGAAGGGGUCGACAGUGGAGAUGAGGAGAAGGAGAUGAUGAAGCUCCUCAACCAGCUGUUUGAGAGCCGUUUGAUGUGCCUCAAGGAACUGGCCGAGGCGGAACAGGGCCUCGAUGACGCGGUCCGUGAGGAGCUGGGCUUAGGCCCCGACGUUAUUUAUCUGUAUAGCGGACAGCGUUGGAAGCCGCUUUUGAAGACUGUUGUUCCAUUUCCGAUCAUCAAGGCGGAGUGA